CAGGAAUUUGGUAUAGUCACACAGGAAAUUUGACUACUUUGCAGAUCAUGGCUGACUUUGAUAUGGUUCUGAAGUUCUGGGGUCCAGUGGAGGCAGACUACCCUGCCCACGGGGGCCUGGUUCUGACCCGUUUAUUCACGGAGCACCCAGACACCCUGAAGCUGUUCCCCAAAUUUGACGGCAUCGCCCAGGGUGACCUGGCUGGUAACGCAGCUAUUUCUGCCCACGGUGCCACUGUGCUGAAGAAGCUGGGUGAGCUGCUGAGGGCCAAAGGCGACCACGCUGCCAUCCUUAAGCCUAUGGCCAACAGCCACGCCACCAAGCACAAGAUCCCCAUAAACAACUUCAAGCUGAUCAGUGAGGUCAUUGUUAAAGUCAUGGAGGAGAAGGCAGGACUCGAUGCCGCCGGGCAGCAAGCCCUGAGGAACGUGAUGGCCACUGUCAUUGCUGACAUUGAUGCCAACUACAAAGAGCUGGGCUUCACCGGCUGAAGAAUGAAGUCACAUGAGUCAUGCCGGGGUCAGACGAGGAAACUUCCCACAUGCAUGUCCUCCUGAAAGUUAAACUAUUUAAUCCUCAGCAAACAUACAAUAACUAAUCUGCCAUUAGAAGAAAUCCUUUGCAGCAUCACCAUAAGAGCUCAAAUACAUGAUAAAAUUUAACUGCAAUCUAUUAUUGCAGUAUUCCUGUACUAGAUUGUGUUAGCUAGUGUAGUUGUAUUCUGUUAUUGUGUUCCCUUCUAUAACUGCUCACUAAUAGAUAUGUUCUUUAUUUCAGUUAAAUUAGAUUAAUCUUGUUCAUGAUUGUUGGCUUACAACAUAUUGUAAACUGCUGUCAAAUAUUACCAAUAAAAUUCCUGUU